AUGACAAGCAAAAUUUCACAUCUUGCGGACCUUACGCCGGCGCCGCAAGAGAGAUUGUGGCAUUCGUGUCCCCACCCUCGAUUCCCAAUUGUUGCAACUUGUGGCGCGGAUAAAAUUAUUCGCAUCUACUCUCUCCUAAAUUUCACAUUACUCUCCUCAAUAUCUGGCGGCCAUAAGCGGAGUGUCCGCUGUUCAGCGUGGAAACCAAACUCCGGUGAAGAAAUUGUUCUUGCAACUGCAAGCUUUGAUGCAACGGUUGGUAUAUGGAAACGAUGGGAGCAGUUUCAACCCACUUCGACACAGGAUCCAGAAGUGGACGAUGGCGGGAAAGAUAUACUCUGUGCUACUGGGGAUGAAAGUGAAGAAGACAAGGACGACUGGACGUUUGCUGUUGUCCUUGAUGGGCAUGAUAGUGAAGUGAAAGCUGUUUCCUGGUCGUCCUCUGGCUCUCUUUUGGCAACUUGUUCUCGUGACAAAUCAAUAUGGAUUUGGGAAGAUCUAGAAGAUGGUGAUAGCAACUUUGAAACCAUUGCUGUACUGCAGGACCAUCAGGGCGACGUUAAAUGUGUUUCCUGGCAUCCAGAGGAGGAUCGCCUCGCAAGUGGAGGCUACGAUAACACCGUCCGAUUAUGGAAAGAAGAUAUAGAUGAUUGGAAUCAAGUUGCAUGUUUGAUUGGCCAUGAAGGUACUGUAUGGUCAGUAGAUUGGGAGGCACCGGCGCCGUCUGGAACAGACACAAACGAUGAACCAGACGUAUCGACCGCACAACGCAUUGAGGGGGAACUACGACCGGGGACAGAUACUAAUCGGCGCGAACCACGUCUUGCCUCCUGUUCAGAUGACAGGACUAUCCGUAUUUGGAAAAAAGUGUCGGAUCCCGCAAUAUCAACACCUCAAAACGUGCACCAUAGUAUACCCGGAACAAUACGAACCAACACCACUGAGGAGACUUGGGUUCAAGAAAGCGUUUUGCCGAAAGAGCAUGAUAUGUCAAUCUAUUCGGUUGCCUGGAGCAAGGCGACCGGCCUUCUUGCCUCUGCUGGCGCGGAUGGAAAGAUCGUAAUCUAUCAAGAACGCCAGAAGCUGAACCACCACGUCAAUGUUGACUUAGGAGAAGAUGCAGUUGAAUCUAAGAGAGACACUCAUUUUACGGACAAACAACAGGAGCUGGACAAUCGUAGCAUGGAGAGGGAAUGGUGUGUUCUUUCCACGAUGGAGGCAGCCCAUGGUGUAAAUGAGAUAAACCAUAUAUGCUGGGCCACCAGAGGACCCCGGAGAGAAGACCAAAUAACCCAGAAGGAAAUGCUUCUAACUACAGGAGAUAAUGGGAUAGUCAAAGCCUGGACAGUGUCAAUGGACUAA